AAUCGAAUGAAGAAGAAAAAAAUAAAGAACCAGGCGGAAUCGAAAGUGCUGAUACCAGUGGUGCCCAAACUUUAUCUCCCGAAACAGGAGUAGAUUCAGCUGAUAUACCCGUUAUAGUAGGAAGUGUUACUGGAUGUUUCAUUUUGGUGAUAUUAUUGGUUAUAGUUAUUCUGGUUGUAAUAAAGAGAAGAAGAGUUAGUCGUGUUAUUGGUAACCAUUUACAACAUAGUGUUAGCCUGUCAAACACAGGAUACGAAACUACUGGCGAAAGUUGCAAUCAUGUGACAUUCACGCAUGACAAUUCGCCUUCUACACGAGGUAUUGAGUCUGACGAUUAUAAUCAUUUGCAUGACGCCAGGACCAACAACUCUACGGACAAUGCUAAUGACUAUAACCAUCUUAGAAGUGCGCCUGGUGAAGAUAAACAGUUUAGUGACGACUACAACCAUCUCGGUGACUUCACGAAGAACACCCACUUCGACCACAACGAUGUCGGUGACUUAAGGAAGAAGACACACGCCGACUACAAACCCCGAGGUGAUGUAAGAGAGAAACCGGAUGCAGACUACAACCAUGUCGGUAAUAUUAGGGAAAAGGAGAUCCACGAAGACUACAACCAUCUCGAAAAAGAAAGUGAGGUAUAGGAGGUGAAGGAAAAUGAUGACUGCAACCAUAUUGGUGGCAUAAAGGAGGAGAAGAUUCACGCUGAUUACAGCUAUAAUAUUGUUGAAAACUAAUCCAGUCACAUGCAGCCUGGUGACUUAAAGAAGUGCAGAUUCCUAAUGGUGACCUUUAUUACAAACAAAUGCCGUUUAAAAGCGAUAUCUUUGCUUUGGUAGUCUCGUACUAUGACUUAGUACUACUGCUAUUCAGUGUAUUUUAUUACAAGGGUACCAUAACUCAGCUAGUAUAGCUAUACUAUUUUUCUGUAAUUUUAUUAUUUGUUAAAGGGAUAUCUUUGCUUUGGUAAAAGAUCUUUAGAAAAGACAAAGGCUUACGACAUCACAGGCUACAGAUUUUAGGCAGUGUGUCCACAGUUCAACACAAUGCCACAGUUGCAGAUUGGUAUUAAGGUAAUUUCGGUUGCUAUCACCCAUGCUAAACCUACAGACAGCUGGAGCUGCUCAUGAUCUGAGCCAAGCUGUUGCUGCUGAAUCAGGCUUACAAAAUAUGUCAUUGAUGAUACUUGUAAUCUAACCGUAAAUGUAGCUCACCCAGGUUCUAUUAAUUUCAUUAGUGAUAAUUAUGUUGAUGAAGCACCACAGCCAUGAUGUCGUGCUUUCAACAAAAGAUUUCAAUCUUCUUUUAAACAAUAUUUAUUCAAUCAAUAUUUACAUAAUGUAAAAAUACACAUGGGAUGUGAAAACAAGCCGGAGCUUAUAUAAAUUACAGAUAUAAAAAACAUUGUUUAUAAUUAUACACAUGAUUUACAUAAUAUGGUAUACAUUACAAAAGCAAAAAUAUUUACUCUCACCUAAUUGAAAUAGUUAUCUUAGAUUAGUACAAAAUACUUAAUAUAUAGAGGUUCAUAUACAGAAGGUAAUGUACAGAGGUUAAUAUGGUUAGCGACACGAUCAUCUGAUGUUGAUUAUAGCGUGGAAGGGUAUGCGAAACUCGAGAGAAAGGGAAAGUCAAGUCUAAAGUCUUGGGCUAAGUGUUAAGGUGUUACGUAGUUGAAGAUUGUCGUUAGAUAGUAGUUUAUAUUUUUGGUAUAAGCCUUCAGGAUGGAAAAGGUAUCAUUAGUCAUGAUAAUAUUAUCAUAAUAUGUAUCAUCAAACAAGAGAUGGUCGUGUAAAACCGUCCACAUACAACACCAAUCAUUAAACAAGAUAUUCGCUGUAUUCUACAGUUUUGAUUUUAACUCUAAAAUUUCUAUCUCUUGUUGGGAAAUUAUAUUGAGUACUGUCACUAUAAUUGACUUUUAAUUAUUUUAAGUGGUGAUUGAUUCAUUUCUUUUUUCCUGUGUGAAGAAUGCUUUUGGAUUCCAUAAUCUUUAUGGCGAAAUAUUUUAGAUACCUCACAUUGGCAUAAAGUUAAUUAUUAAUAUUAUAUCCUCUAGGUUUUUCAUUUUAGUACAUAUUAAUUGUUCAUAAUAUCAUCUUAUUAGUUAUUCAUACUUAUUACUGCUUUUAAUUUCAUGUUGCAUUUUCAAUAAAUGUCACCUUUGCAGUUUUGUUCAAUUUCAAUAUGGUUUCCCCUUGUCAGUGGUGCAGAACAGAGGUCCCGUCUAAACAUUGGAAUGCACGUAAAAAAUCCCUUGGCAGUUGGAAUUCGAUAUAAAAGUAGGCGAUAGUGCCGCUGCCCGGGCAAAAUUUCUCUCAUAGCACACUGUAUGGCGCAUGCCCGUCUUCAUUAGCCCAGUAUAGGAACAAAACAGUAGGACGUUAAACCCAUUUCAUUUCAUUUCAAUUUCAAUAUGGUGUUUGUUGUGAUAUGGAAAUAGAGCAUAUACACAAAAUAAAGAGUUUAAGACAACAAUCAAGUGUACUAUGUUUAAGAAACGUUCUGGUCCAAAAUUUAAUAAUACUAACAAACGGUGUGGCCAUUUACAGUUUACAUUAUUGUCUGUUCAUUCAUAUCGCCAUUGGUAUGUGCCUUUGCCACAGCCACAGGUAUACUGGUUUGCCGUUAUAUUCCAAAUGUUCCACAUAAGUAAAUUAUUUAUUUCCAUGUUUGUAUAUAUAAUACUGGAACCUAUUGAUGUUUGCUAUAUGCGAAAUAUGUAGGACGAAAUAUAGUUACAUUUUACUAGGUAUAAAAUACAUCAACCAAACAACCUUAUAAUUAUCCAUAUCAAAUUGCUUUUUAAUAACCCAAUACUAUAUUUCACACAAAAUGUGUUACCAUAAAUUAUGUGACUUGUGAAGUGAAGCUUUCUUGUAGGUAUAUAAGUAUAAGAUGAUCUAACCUAGAUCUCUUUCGUAUUAUACCAUGGAUAUUAAACGAGAAUAACACAAAAUUGCAAGCCAACUUCCGCUUAAAUUACUGUUAAAUUUUAAGCUUUUAGUUUGGUUUAUAUGCUUUUGCUGACUAUAUAUAUAUAUAUGUGUGGGGGGGGGGGCAUAUAUUCGGCUGCUCGUGAAAAAAAGCAUUCCUCUAAUUUUUAAAAGCAAAUGAAACGCCAAAAACUCCCCAAACCACCACUUCUUUAAUGAAUAAACCAUUGGCAUUUUACUUUUAAUAAUGCAGUUGAGUGAAUUAAAUAUCUAUCUUCAAUACGUAUCGCUUUAUAAAUACUACAAUCUAUCAUAAAACUGGAUUAAUUAGAGAAUGCGAAUGCUCCAUAUCAACAUAUUAUAAGGACAAUCAAUGAACGCAGAUUUGUUCAGAGAGAGAGACUAACAAGCGGGGAAUCGAAACCAAGCCCCCCCCCCCCCUCCAACUCCCCCGAUAUGUUUUAGUUUAUACAAUCAGCAAUAUACUGAAGCGAUUUAAAAAGACAGAGACUGAACAAAAAAUGGCCGGGAUCGAAGCGGACUUAUUUUCUCCUGCUUAUCGUAUUAAUAUUAUGUGCUCGGAAUAUUUUUGUGUUCAGUGACUUGACAUGUCUAAUAAUAUAUACAUACAUGCAGUUAUUUCUAUUUAGUAUAUAUAUUUCUAUAUAAUGCUAUACAAACCAGGUCAUUGAAAUAAAGUUUUUUAUUUUAUUACAUCACUUCCUGAUAGAUUUAAAGUCACAGGACAACCUUUGUAACGUAAACGUCGAAUAGUUUAAUACGUUAGUUUAAAAUCUGUUUAACGAUCUACUGUACAUAAAAUAGUGGAACUGGAUGCGAUACAGCUAAAUUGGUCUCAUAAUUUCAGUUUUUCCAUAAACCGGCCUCCGGACUCUACGACCAAAUGGAUAUGAUCUGAUACAAGCGUCAAAUAGAAUGUGCCUUAUCACGGGGCAGCCGACAAAAUAGCACACAGUUGUAAGAACAUUCUUUCUAUAUAUUGUUUAAGGGGAACCGUACAACAAAAAUAAAAGGGGCGUUUCUAACUUAUUCAUCCGGUUCUGACUAAAAAGAAAAUAAAUACUGAUAUUUGUUUUUCACAGAGUUCGCUUUAAAGCGAUGAUCUGUUUGAUGAAAGGUCGCUAUAAAACCGUUUAUAACAUCCUGGUUGUGUUUACAACGAUUGAUACAUCAGUGAUGCGUACAUUUUUUCUGUAACUGUGAUAACCUAAUGUAAAAUCGCAAUAGUUAGUUUUAUUCAAGUUUUUAAUAGGUAAUGAAUGAGACUGGAUAACAAGGAUUAUUCAUUUAACACCAGGACAAUUUUAAUGGAGAAACUGUUAUUAGUGAUUAUCUUCUUUCGUCUUCCUUCAGAACUAGACUCGUGGGUGAUAAGUGAUGCAUGUACAGAUGGAAGCUGUAAUAUACACCAUCUUACUUGUAAUAAAGGGAAAGGUAUACAGUUAGGCCCUGCUUAUUAUGGAUUUACUCGGUAUGGGGUUGCAUGUGACCGCCAUUGUCGUGGUCAGAAAGUUUACAAGCCCUCAAUUUGCUUUAAACUGUUUAGCAAUGAAGAUUAUCAUGACCUGAAACAGAAAUGCAACAGACAAAAAAUGUGUUACGUUACUACACCUGGCAAAUCGAACAACAUAUCCUGCAAGAAGAAAAUACACACCGUUUCCAGACUUUAUUACUCUUGCGUUGAAGCAACUAGACAAGAAACGGGAGAAACCGAAUACACCGAUGAGGGAAUGUCAGGGUUCCCACUACCAACCAGCCUCAAAAUUGGCGACAUGACCGUCACUAUAAUUCACACAGUGGUCCCCACACCAAUUGAUGACUUAAUGAUCACGGAAUCUACAGCAACAAGGGUUAGUACCAGCGGAGUAGACACAACUGGUACGUUAGAUAUACCCGAUAUAGUAGGAAGUGUUACUGGAUGUUUCAUUCUGGUGAUAUUAUUGGCUAUUAUUAUUCUGGUUGUAAUAAAGAGAAGAACAGUUAGUCGCCUUAUUAGUAAACAUAUCCAAGGUAGUAGACUCGUGGAAAACCCAGGAUACGAAACAACUGGCGAAAGUUAUAACCAUGUUAUAUUCUCGACAGACAACUCGUCAUCAACAAGAUGUAUUGAGGCUGACGAUUAUAAUCAUUUACAUGAUGUCCGGAACAACAACUCUACGGACAAUGCUAAUAACUAUAAUCAUCUUAGAAUUCCGACUGGUAAAGAUAAACAGUUUAGUGAUGACUAUAACCAUCUCGGUGGGGAUCAGGAGGAGAAGAUAGAUGAUGAUUACAGCCAUAUUGGUGUGGUGACGGGUGAGAAGGAUGACUACAACCAUAUUGGUGGGAUAAGGAGCGAGAAGAUAAACGAUGAUUACAACCAUAUUGGUGCUGAAAACUUUCCCAGUCAUGGAGAAAAGGAUGAUCAUUACAAUCACCUUGGUGAUGUAAAGAAGCGAGUUUCUAAUGGUGACAUUAGCAGAGAAACAAUUAAUAAAGAUGAUUAUCCUGAUGAAACAAACUACACAAAUAUAAAUAUUUCUAAUUACGAGAAUUUUAGUCUUUAAACAUAGAAAGAAUUAUAUCCAACCCCGUACAAUAAGUCCGUAUUUCCCUUCAAUUAUCACACACAAUUAUGUUUAAAUGUGUUCGCCCGUCUACAAGAGUUGUACAUCGCGGGAAAUAUAAUUCCUAUUUAUUUUAAUUGUUGUCGCAGAAGUAAUUCCAGAUUUAUUUUCCUUGACUGAUAUGAUUAUGAAUUAAAAAACUUUAUCGCAGUCCAACAGUUUCUACUGAGAUUGGUUCUUGUCCGAUUUUCCAAAUCAGGUCAGGAAUGGUUAAUUAUGAGUAACUAUCAUCCAAGAGAGGUAACUUUGUUACUAAACCUGGCAAUAUAAAAUAAUAAAAAUUUAGGAUUUUUCCCGCGCCACGUUACAUAUUAUAUGACGAGUUUGGUGGUAUAAAACGUAUUCUUCAAACUUAGUUUAUUUUUUUAUAAUUUUUUGUUGUUAAUUAACCAUUUUGAUUAAAUAUCGUCCAUUUUUGGACAAUAUUUAAUAUUUUUUCACGACUUAAAAUGUACUCAAAUUGAUUUUUUAAGUACACAGACCCCACUUAACAACGGUAGAUAAUCUCCAUGUUUGAAUUCAAUCAAACAAUUUGCCCAACACUUAUAGGUGGCAUUGUUUAUAUCCUCUGCAGAGGAUGUCGAAUUAGUUUUUUUCAGACCAUAAUAUCUAUAAAUACUGAAUAGGACGUUGAACCAUUUUGGGGCUGAUAUUCCUUUUAAAUUUAGUUCAUAAUAUUAUGCUUUUAUUAUUGUUUCUUAGGUAUUAAAUUAUUAUUUUAUUAUUACAUAUAUAUGAUUAUUGUUUUAUUAUUAUUAUUAUUUUAUUAUUACAUAUAUAUGAUUAUUGUUUUAUUAUUAUUAGUAUUUAAACUUUUAAUUGGGAGGAUAACGGAACACACCCGAUUAGAACACUGACUUUUAAACUUCCGUAAAUCAACGAAUAGACCCAAUCAUAUAUAUUCUGUAUACUUUAUUGUUGAUACUGUUGAAUAUAAUAAAGAGUUGGUUAUUUUCAGGGGACAUUUUAUUAUUAAUAUUAUUAAAUAAAGAGUGUGAAUGUUUUA